AACGCACAAAAAAAACAAAAAACCGAGGGAAAACUUCAAACGAAACCGCCAUAUAUUCUUUCUGUUUUAAUUUAAUAAAUGUAAUAUUUCUUAAAUAAGAGUAUGGAUCGCACAACCAUCGCGCCCUGGAAGGCCGAAGAGAAGGAGCAGAGCGAGAAGCUGCACAGGAAGCUACAAGGAUUGGCUUUGGUGCAUCCCCUGCCGGAUGAGUUGCGAAAAUUGGGCUGGGACAUGUUCCUGAAACCCAAUCAGGUGGCCUUCGUCCACGUGAUGCACUACCUCUUCCGACUGCUGGAUCCGGCGGAGUUCAAGCGCCGCUUCUUCUGGCCCAUUACGGACAAGAAGUCGGAGGCCAACUUCAGGUCAAGCACGGUGGAGUACCUAAAGCAUCUGAACGAGAAACACCAGCUCCACUGGGCCAACAUCAAGUCCUAUCUGGUGGUCAUGCCCGGUGGCAUGAGGUUCAUCAACUUCCUGCUCGAAUUCGUGGGCUUUGUGAUCCAGGAGCUGAUCAAACAGCGCGAGAAGUCACUUGGCCUGGAGGCGGGAACACCUUAUGUGUGUGCCAAAGUCAUGGCCCGCCAAAAUGCCGUGAUGAAGGAGUACGCCUCCGGUUAUGUUGCCAAUCUGGAGGAGAACACGGCCCUACUGCGGCACAAAACAAAGAUCAGACGCCUGACAAGUGAUCUAUCUGCGGAUAUGGGUGUGCCCGAGGAGCAACUAGUGGACGAUGGUUUCCUAGAUGAAUUCGAAGCCAACGCUGCACUCGGCGUGGAGCGGGUAAUAACCCAACCCACCGAAAGGAAAUUAGACCUGGAGAAAUCUCUGUGUGGGCUCAAAGAGACCAUCGAUCUUUUCCAGUCCAAGCAGGCGGAGCAUAAUCAGAGCAAGGAGGCGGUAGACAAGGCUUUGCGGGGCAUGCGGGUGUUAUUCGACUGUGCUGUCACAGAAGGUGACUUUUACGAUCCUUGUGGUUCCAAGAUGGAAGCCCUCGUAAACGCAUUCAAUCGGGUCAGCGGCCCAAUUGCCGAGCAAUUGGAUGCAAACGACCACUACAACGAAUCAAAUGCGUUUGUCACCACUGAUUUGCAGGCACUUCGCGUGGAGCUGACCCAAUCUGAGGUCCAGCUCAACAAUUUACUAAAAAAGCUGAAUGAGCCGACCAAGAAGGAAAGGGGAAACGCCAGCGGAAGCCUUGCCAGGGGACAGUUGCUUCAGCCAGCCACGCCAAGAUUUGAUUCAGUUAUUAGCUCCAAGUUUGUUUCCACUCCUCCCAUCAAGAUCGACUGCGGCGGGAUUGGCCGCAAUGCUCCAGUACGUCUUGCACUGCAGGACGAUUUCAAUGAAAAACUUGAUGCGUUAAGCAACAGUUUACUUGCACCUGCGCCACCCCGAUCAGCACGGAAGCUGAAAGUCCUCGAUCAGUCGGCGGGCAUUGAUCUGAAUGGCACCUUAAACCGAUCCAAGAUAAACGAUCCAAUCCAAAUGCUGCGCACCAUUCACAAGAACACAUCCAAGAUCAAGACGGCACCGCAGCCUAACCUCUCCGCUCUCGGAAGCAAGUGGAAACAAAUGCAGGCCUCUUUCGGCUUCGAUGAGCCACCGGUGCCAGUAGCAGCGGUGAUUUCGCCGCAGGCUUCACCUGAAGAGCCCAGCGACCCCUUUACACCUCUGAGCAACAGCGAGUGCACCCGCAUUGAACGCAUUCCGCGCACUUCGGAAAACAACAGCUCGCUGGUUGCCAAAAAUGCUGCAGUGAUGAAGGUCCUCAAAGUGUCUCGGAAUGUCCUGAACCUGAGCACCUCGCCAUCUGGACGACUGGAUGCGUUGGUACCUCCCACCGAGACGCAACAGCAGGAUACCCCUCGUCUUUUGCUUAACGACAGAACCAUCAAUGUGAGACUCAUGCCGUUCGAACAAGAUUUUAAUACGGAAAACGACCAGAAUGCGAUGAAUGUGUCGCAUAAGUUCGAUUUUGAUCAGAUCGGAGGUGAUGAUGAUCUGCAGAAUAUCAGCGAUAGUGUGCUCAAAGAUCUUAUAUUGUAGUUGAAGUCAAUGAAAAAUCGCAAGAACGGUUCAGGUAAUAGUAACUGUUUUUAUUAGAGCUUUUCUUAUAUUUACUGUCUUGCAAAAUUAUACAUUUUGAGAUUA